CAUCCGUUUCCCGUAGAAUUUUGUCCCCAGCGCCGAGCCGUUGCCCCGCCCUCGCCGCUGCCAUGGCGGCAGCUCCGCCGCUCUCUAAGGCUGAGUAUCUGAAGCGUUACUUGUCUGGGGCAGAUGCCGGCCUGGAAGGAGGUUCAGAGGCCGUUCGGAAGCGGCGCAAAAAACGGCCGAAGCCGGGAGGCGCCGGUGGCAAGGGAAUGCGGAUUGUUGAUGAUGAUGUGGGCUGGGCAGCUAUCUCUACCACUAAGCCGGAAAAGGAGGAGGAAGAGGAUGGAGAUUUGCCUGUGGUGGCUGAGUUUGUGGAUGAGCGUCCAGAAGAGGUAAAGCAGAUGGAGGCAUUCCGCUCCAGUGCCAAAUGGAAGCUUCUGGGAGACCAUAGUGAAGAUGGACAUUUCCAUCAUGACACCCCGGAUCCAUCUCCUCCUAGGAGGAUUCGUCAUGACAGCCCAGAUCCAUCCUCUCCCAGGAGGACCCGUCAUGAUACACCAGAUCCAUCUCCUCCUAGGAGGGCCCGUCAUGACACCCCGGAUCCAUCUCCCCCUAGGAGGGCCCGUCAUGACACCCCAGAUUCGUCUCCUCCUAGGAGGGCCCGUCAUGACAGCCCAGAUCCAUCUCCCCCUAGGAGGGCCCGUCAUGACACCCCAGAUUCGUCUCCUCCUAGGAGGGCCCGUCAUGAUACACCAGAUCCAUCUCCUCCUAGGAGGGCCCGUCAUGACUCAGACACAUCUCCUCCUAGAAGGGCCCAUCAUGACUCAGAUGCUUCUCCCCCCAGGAAGUCUCAUCGUAAUUCUUCAGGUGUAUCUCCUAGGAGAGGUCAUCAUGGUUCCUCAGGUAUCUCUUCCCCCAGAAGGGCCCAUAACCACUCCCCUGACACAGCCCAACAUAGGAGGACUUUUGACGCUUCAGAACCACAGCAUCUCAGGAAGACCCGUCAUGACUCCCCUAAUUUGGAACUGCCCAGAACCAAAAGUAGUAAAGCUGCAGAAAGAUCCCAGAGGGAGCUGGGACCCUCCCACCCGUCACUCUCCAAGGACAGCAAGUUUGGGCGUGACUCUGACCUUUCUUCACGGAAGCGGCAAGCAAAAGCUCAUUUUGGAGCUAAGAAGCAGCUUGAUCCCAAAGGUGUCUGCCACAAAGCCUCUGACUCAGAUCUGUCUCCUCCACGGCAAAAACAAAAUUCAAGACACCAGGAUUCUGACUCAGAUCUGUCACCACCACGGAAUAGACAGAGACGCCAGAGCUCUGACUCCGACCUCUCUCCACCCCGGAGAAGACAGAGGACCAAGUCUUCAGAUUCUGACCUCUCUCCUCCUCGAAGGAGUCCCCGUCCUGGGAAGAAGGUAGGGAUUCCAGGAGUUGUGUCUUUGUCAGAGUGACUCCUCCCUUCCAGCUUUACAGACACCAAAAAGGUUGCAGCCAGAGAGUUGGGAUCUCAGUUUGAAUUCGCUGAAACUGUAUUUCGAGACAAGUCUGGUCGGAAGAGGAAUCUGAAGCUGGAACGCCUGGAACAGAGGAGAAAGGCAGAGAAGGACUCAGAGCGAGAUGAGCUAUAUGCCCAGUGGGGGAAAGGGCUUGCCCAGAGCCGGCAACAGCAGCAGAAUGUAGAGGAUGCAAUGAAGGAGAUGCAGAAGCCUCUGGCCCGCUACAUCGAUGACGAAGAUCUGGAUCGGAUGCUGAGAGAACAAGAAAGAGAGGGGGACCCGAUGGCCAACUUCAUUAAGAAGAAUAAGGCCAAGGAGAACAAGCAUAAGAAAGUGAGACCUCGCUACAGUGGUCCUGCACCUCCUCCCAAUAGAUUCAAUAUCUGGCCUGGAUACCGCUGGGAUGGAGUGGACAGAUCCAAUGGCUUUGAGCAGAAGCGCUUUGCCAGGCUCGCCAGCAAGAAGGCUGUGGAGGAGCUGGCCUACAAGUGGAGUGUGGAGGACAUGUGACUCCUCCACGGCUGUGUGGUGCUGUGGCGUCGGUGGCGUAGGCUAGCCCAACAUCCGGCUCUGAUGGUCGUCUUGCUGAUAGACACAGACCAGCUUGCUGUCAGUUCUGACCUUUGGACUAGGCGCCUAACCUUGGCUGUGUCCAUGUUGUCUGUGGCUGGCUUUGGCAGGACACGGUGACUUCUUUAUUCCAGGGUUUGUUCUAAGCCAGUGUUUCCUUUUUACUUUAAAAAAUAAACACAUAUUUAUUUUUUGUAAUCAUUUCCUAA